AUGUCUACACAUCAGACCUACGCUGGCUCGGUGCGCAAACUCGUGCUAUGCCUAGAUAUCGGUACCACCUUUUCUGGAGUUUCCUACGUCUUCUUGGAACCAGGUCAGGUUCCCAGAAUUCACAAUGUAACGCGGUUUCCCGGACAAGAAAUCUCGGCAGGGGACUGCAAGAUCCCCUCCAUCCUGCUAUACACCCCCGACGGUUCAGUGGCCUACGCCGGCGCCGAAGCGGCUGCUCCCGGGAUUGAUAUGAUCGUCGAGGACAAAGGGCUCACGUCCGUCGAAUGGUUCAAGCUCCAUCUGCGUCCGGCGCGGCUCGACUCGGGCGACUUCAAGACGCGGGACCUGCCGCCGCUGCCUCGGGGGAAAAGCGUCGUCUCUGUGUUUGCGGACUUCAUUGCGUACCUCGUCUCGUGUGCGAAGCGGUUCAUUCAGGAGUCGCACGCGAAUGGGAACCACUUGUGGGCGUCGGUGGAGGGCAACAUCGAGUUCGUGCUUUCUCAUCCGAAUGGGUGGGAGGGUGCGCAACAGGAGAAGAUGCGCCAGGCCACGAUCGUCGGUGGGCUGAUCCCGAACACGGACGAAGGUCGGAAGCGCGUGCACUUCGUGACGGAGGGAGAAGCUAGUCUCCACUUUUGUAUCCAGAGCGGGUUGACCGCUGAGUCCAUUGAGGACGGAAAGAGUGUGAUGAUCGUGGACGUUGGCGGAGGGACCGUGGAUAUAAGUAGCUACGGAUUUGUGUCCAAGUCGCCCUUCGUCGUCGAAGAAGUCACUGCUCCAGACUGUAUCCUCCAAGGCUCUACUCGUGUCAACUUCCGCGCUUCGACGUAUCUGAAAAAUUUGCUGAAGGAUUCGCGGUACGGGAACGACGACGACAUCAAGUUGAUGCUCGAGUACUUCGACAAAGCUACCAAGCGCGUGUUCAAAGGCGAGAACGAAUCGUCGUAUAUCAGGUUUGGUUCCCUGUCGUGCAACGAUCCGGAAGUGAUGAUCCGCCGUGGCCAGCUCACACUCCAUGGAAACGUCAUGUUGUCGUUCUUCCAACCGGCGUUAGACGCUAUUAUGGCCGCGAUUAGGAAACAAUGCCAGAUUGCAUCUCGCCCUCCCAGUACGGUAUUUCUGGUCGGCGGAUUCGCGGCGAAUCCUUGGCUGUAUUCCUCGCUCAAAGACGGAAUAGGGGCUCUCGAUAUCGCACUCUGUCGUCCGGACUCGCAUACGGACAAGGCUGUCGCUAGUGGAGCCGCAAGUUUUUUCUUGGAACACUUCGUGUCUGCGCGGGUUACGAAGAUAACCUACGGUAUCACAUAUGCUCCCACCUACGAUAUUCGCAAUCCAGAGCAUGUCGCUCGCCACGAUAAAAUGUUCACUAGUCUAGAUGGUCGAACGCACGUAAGCGGAGGAUUCUCGCCUAUCUUGAAAAGGGGAACCAAAGUACGCGAGAACGAGGAGUACUCGGGGUCAUUCUCCCACGUAUGGCGCCAUCGGCAAGAGUUAGACCAUAUCAAGAUCGAUAUCCUUUGCUACCGAGGGCACGACGGUGAUGUGCGCUGGAGGGAUGUGAACAACGAGCUGUAUGAACGGCUUUGUAUGGUUGAGGCGGAUACAUCGCAAGUUGCGUUAGUGGAGCAACAGGGACCGAAUGGCGGUUACUAUGGGCUCGCCUUCGACGUAGUUCUGCUAUGCGGUCUCACAGAGCUUCAAGCACAGAUCCGUAGGGUGGAAAAAGGCACUGAGAGACGGUAA